AAAGAUUAAAAAGCCCUUCUUCGGAGAUUCCGCCAUUCCCUUUUCUUUCUUCUCUUUUCUCAUCUUUAUUUCAAAUCCAUUCCCUCCAACCCUUCGCGUCAAUCUUAGUUUCCAUCAAUCUAUAACCCUUGUUGGCAUUGUUUCCUGCUCUCUGGGAAAGCUGCCUCUCAGACAAGAAGGAGAAAUCUUGCAUUGGGAGAAAUGGCAACAACUGGAAAAAACCCACCUCCCAACGGUGCGACCGGUGAUUCUCGGCGAAAAGAGAUCCAAGAAGCUGCAAACAUGGCUGAAACCAGUGAUCUCAACUUGCAUGACUCCACCACCGGCGGUUCCAAUUUUUUUAGGUUCUCGACGUCUCCAGAUCUCAUUGUCUGCACGAGCCCGCCGGAUAUCCCCUGUGACCAGAUCCAAGAAACGCCGGAUUACAUCAGGAGGAGCAACCAGAGGAAUAGAAUUGCUCCUCUUGAGCUCUUUUGCAACAUAGAGUCUGAUAAUUUGAGACCAAGAUGGGGCUUAGCUCCAACAAUGACGGGAUCAUCUCUAGAGAUGCGAUCUUUGAGUAGAAAUGAAACCUUAGAAGUUUCUCUCGAUCUUGGAGUAAUACCAGAUGUCCAGGAUAGCUUGAUAAGUAUAAAUGCAGGUGGGACUCAUGAAUCCAUAGUUUGUGGUGGUAUUGAGUACCAAAAGGAUAGCUUCUACACAGGUGGAGAUGUUAUCAGGAAAGAUGCAGCAAUUGGGGAUGGCAAAGGACUGGCAUUGUAUCAGUCUGCUCGAGUAGGGAACUUUUCAUAUAAAUUCCAGAACCUGGAAUCAGGAGAUUAUCUUGUUGACCUGCAUUUUGCGGAGAUCAUAUUCCCUUGUGGUCCACCAGGAAUGAGAAUUUUUGAUGUCUUUAUACAGGAACAGAAGGUCAUCUCUGCAAUAGACAUCUAUGCACAGGUUGGCUCAAACCAACCACUUAUUUUAUCAGCUCUGAGAGCUUCAAUUCUCAUGGAUGAGGGGUUGACAAUUAGAUUUGAAGGGUUAGUAGGAAAACCUAUUCUUUGUGGCAUUUCAAUAAGACACGAUUAUGCUGCAGGAAAAAGUGGUGGGAACAUCGAACCAGUAUUGGCCACAAAGAGAGAAAUAUUACAGCAACAAUGCGAUGAAUGUAGGCAGCUGAAACAAGACUAUGAUUUGCUCUUGAAGGAGCAAAUAGAAUGCAAAAGAGCAGUAAAGGAUCUAAAACAGGAGAAUGAACUUAAGAGUAGAGAAUGUCAGAAGGCCUGGGCAUCACUGCAGGAACUUCAGAUGGAGCUCAUGCGCAAAUCAAUGCAUGUUGGUUCUUUAGCUUUUGCUGUAGAAGGGCAAGUGAAGGAGAAAAGUCGAUGGUUUCAAUCUCUAGCAGACCUGAGUGAGAAAUUUAAAUUGCUGAAGUUCGAGCAUGCAAAGCUGUCAGAGGAGGCACUAGAAUACAGGAGGUUCCUUGCAGAUAUUACCCAUAUGACUACUACCAUUCAAACCACUAUGGAUCAUCAUCUCAACCUGGGAAAGGAGUACAAAGAACUUAAACUUAAAUAUGUUGAAGAAGCAAAGGAAAGAAAAGACCUAUACAAUAAAAUCAUAGAGCUAAAAGGAAACAUCAGAGUUUUUUGCCGCUGCCGGCCUCUUAAUGCUGAAGAAAUUGCUGGAGGGGCUUCUGUGGCGGUUGAUUUUGAAUCUGCCAAAGAUGGUGAACUUAUUGUCAAAGGCCAUGUAUCUUCCAAGAAGGUCUUCAAGUUUGACAGUGUCUUCAGCCCUGAAGAAGAUCAAGAAAAGGUUUUUGAAAAAACUUCACCUCUUGCAACAUCAGUGUUGGAUGGAUACAAUGUCUGCAUAUUUGCUUAUGGGCAGACAGGAACUGGCAAAACAUUCACAAUGGAAGGAACUGAAGAAGCUCGAGGAGUUAACUAUAGGACUCUUGAGCAACUCUUCCAAAUUAUCAGAGAAAGGCAAGGGUUAUUCCAGUAUGAAAUAACUGUAAGUGUCUUGGAGGUCUACAAUGAACAAAUACAUGAUUUACUUCUAAUGGGAUCUCAGCCUGGAGUUGCUGCAAAAAGGCUAGAAGUAAGGCAAGUUGCAGAAGGAGUUCAUCAUGUUCCAGGACUGGUCGAAGCUCAUGUGAGCAACAUGGAUGAGGUCUGGGAAGUGCUACAAAUGGGCAGCAAAGCCAGAGCUGUGGGCUCAACGAAUGCUAAUGAACAUAGCAGUCGAUCACACUGUAUCCACUGUGUGAUGGUAAGAGGGGAGAAUCUGAUGACUGGAGAGUGCACAAGAAGUAAAUUGUGGCUCAUCGACCUAGCUGGAAGUGAGAGAGUGGCAAAGACGGAUGCUCAAGGAGAGCGACUGAAAGAGGCACAAAACAUCAACAAAUCACUUUCUGCACUAGGUGAUGUAAUAUCUGCACUUGCAACUAAAAGCCCACACAUUCCCUUCAGGAACUCAAAGCUCACCCACUUACUUCAAGACUCUUUGGGUGGCGACUCGAAGACUUUGAUGUUUGUGCAGAUCAGCCCUAAUGAGAAUGAUGUAGGAGAGACUCUUUGCUCUCUGAAUUUUGCUAGUAGAGUGAGGGGAAUUGAACUUGGCCCUGCCAAGAAACAAGUUGAUGUUAGUGAACUUUUCAGAUACAAACAAAUGGUUGGGAAGGCUAAACAGGAUAGCAAGAACAAAGAUGCCCAAAUAACUAAAAUGGAAGACACAAUUCAUUAUCUUGAAAUGAAGAACAAGACAAAAGAUCUUGCUGUUGCAAAUCUUCAAGAGAAAGUUAAGGAGUUGGAAUCACAAUUACUAAUUGAACGAAAGUUGGCAAGGCAGCAUGUUGAUGCCAAAAUAGCGGAAAACCAACAGCAGUUGCAGCAACUAAAAGAGCAAGAAGAACCGAACAUAUCAUUGAUGAAUCCUCCAUCGGUUAUUCAACCAUUGUCAGAAAAAUUUCACAACCACGUUGGAGAACAACUAACACCAAUUAAAGAGCUAGGUAAUGGAAUGAGACCACUUGUUGAGAACAACACCAACAGGCCUAUGCUGCUGCCUCCUACCGACAUUAACAUUCUCAAGUGUUUCCCAUCACCAAAUGACAAGGAAAAUAAGCCAGAGCUGGCUGAAGAGCAAACCCCAAGAAAGGCCAGUAGAGUUUCUCUUUUCUAUACAGCUCGCCAGGUUCCAGCCAGUCCGGCACCCCGUCGUUACUCGCUUAUUCCACUUCCUACCUCGAGAGCAGUGGUGGCACCGCCACCACCAUUGCCACCUAGUAUGGGCAAUCCUUCACCACCAUUGCAUUCACCAUUGCCAACCAUCAAUGGUAAGGAUGGUCCCCAGCCCAGAAGCACAAAAAAGAUUAACAGCAUACUUAGAAGAAGCCUCCAAAAGAAGGUGAUUAUCAGAUCUCCAUUGCCACAGACAAUUAGAAGGGGAGGUACCAUUGGAGGGGUAGAAAAGGUCCGGCUCUCAAUUGGUGGAAGUGGGAGGAAGACAAGGAGAGUGCCCAUAAGUAAUGGUGCAAGAGCUGACAAACUAACGAUGCAGAAGCAGAAGGAAAAGGAGAGAGGCUGGAAUCAUGGGGCAACAGUCAGGAACAUUCUCUGAUUUGUUCGUGUCAUUAUCCUUGAUGAUAUGAGACACAGUUACAUUUAGGAGGGAGAUUGGUAGUUUGUAACUAGCCCCAUUGACCCUGUUGUGUGCAGUCUCUUAACCAGCAAUGUUGCUCUCUAAGACCUAGUUUCUUCUUGUAUGUAAUGAAAAUCACCAUAUAUGUGAAGAUGGUUUCUAACAGAAUGCAGAAAUGUACUUAACCUCUCUCCUCUGUCCAAAUCAAAUUCAGAAUUUG